CUUUCCCAAAUCCUCCAAACAUUAGCUCUAAAAAAAAGUUAACCAAAUACGAAUCAAUGACGUCAAUUUAAUUAUAUUACCACUCCUCGGUCGGUCUCGCAACCAACUGACCAACAACACCACCACCGGCCACGCCGAUUCCAUUUCCUCUCCAUCCGCCACUUGUGCGCAAUAUUUGUGUGGCGUCCGUAGGAACUGUUACCACAUCAAAAGAGAAGCAAACCGGAAGGCACCAAACAUCUUCCACCGGACUGGUGCUUCGGUGCUAAAUUGCCAUCUCCUUGCCUGCCGGAUUGAGCCAUUCCCUUCAGCGAGCGAGAGAGAGAGAGAGAGAGAGAGAGAGAGAGAGAGAGAGAGAGAGGACGAUAAGUGAAGCAAAAGAAAUGAAAAAAACGGACGCCCCGAACACGAAAAGGGCUUCCGGGCAGCGGGGAGGAUUAACUUUUUUCUCACACUUCUUCGGCUUGCUCGCGUUACGGGGCGUGUGUGUGUGUGUUCCUUUUUAGGGUUUCCUUCUUCACCGUACGAAACGCAAAGCAACGAGGGAAGGCGCGUGUGUGUUGAGGAAUCCUUGCAGAAAAAAAGGAUCCCACCAAAGGGAAGGGUCGAGAAGAGGGCACGAAGGUAUGGUAGGACGGCGUCAUCGUCAUCAUCAUCAUCAUCAUCGUGUGAGAACGUUGAGUGUGGACUUUCUCAAGCCUGCUUACGGUGAGCAAUACACGUACCGGGGGUAACCUGAGCAGUCGAACGAGUGAUGGGUUGGGAUGGGUUAUGGAAGAUGUUCUACAAUAGAUUAGAAUUUUUGAAGAGUUCUUUUUUAAUGAUUAACAGAAUAUUUUUGCAUUAUUAAUUUUUGCGCAAAUUUUCCAUAUUUUUCAAAAUUUAAAUGAACGCAUGUUACUUGCCCCAUUCGUGACAAGGUUCAAUGACUUUCUCUUUUAAUGUUCCCUCCCCCCUUUCUCCUGCAGUAGCUGCAUUUACCGCGACUCCCUUGCGACACAUUUACAGACACCAACCGGAACGAUCGAACUGCCUUCAACCGGGACUCCCUUCUGUUUGCAGAACCCCGGACUCGAUCGUACGGAAGCAUAAGCGUGUCCGAGGAGCGCGCCGUAACAAGAUCUCAAUUAUGAUUUACCGAAAAUCCGAAAAUAAAAAGCACAAAUCUCACCGCCACCGGAUGGAAGCCUCCCGUGUGCGCGCAAAGGCUCACUUCUUCACUGGCGCUAAGCGUGGAAAUGUGAGAAACUGCCCGAAUCUUCGACCUUCAAGGUGCGACGGCAUUCGUCUUUACUUUCCCCCUUUUGCGUGUGCUUGGUGCGCAACGUUCCGGACGAGUGGCGCAAAGUGUGGGAAUUUAAGACCCCUCUGGUCUGGUCUGGUGCUGCUGCUUGCAGGGGGAAAAAGCAGAACGGGGCAGAAGAAGAAUCGUUCUUCUUUUCCCCAGUUUCGGCAUCCGAAGUUCCCACAGAGCAGCGCAUAAGUGCACACAUAAGGUUCCCUCCCUCCUGUUUUUUUCCCACCGUGCCGUGGCGAUACAUAUGCGUGUGUGUGUGUGUGUGUCUGUGCGCUCCCGUUCUUUCGCCUGCUAGAUUGUUUACAUCCUGUCGACGUUUGACGAUGACGACGACGACGACCGAGCGGAGCGCGCUUCGCCCCUUUGCGCUACGUUUCUCCCAUGUGUGCGUGCGUGAAGGUUUAUGGGUCAGCUGCUACUUGGAUCGUAGGGAAUAAGCGAGAAGGAGGCAAACAACAGCAACAACAGAAAAGGUGGUCCCGUCGCACGGCGUGGGAAAAGACCAACGAACCGAACCCACGUCUGGUGCUGUGUGUGGAAGACUGCGACGUGCAAGGGGACGAGUGGUACGAGUUGGGUUGGCCGCGCGUUAGAACAAGAGCGAGAGACAACGCACACCACAUGGGAAGGUGGGGGAAUUUUGGUUAAAUUGUUAAUCAUGAUAAUGUUUAUAAUGUGUGUGGUGGCGACCAUGUGCGCCCGGGGCGAGGGAACGCGGUGUGGCGUGGUGUGUUGUGUUGUUGGCCGAUCUGACGACUGUUCCGGGAUCUGUGUUCCGGCAUUCUCAUCUCGAAUGCCACCGGUGUCGGAGUGUGUCGGGGUCGUGGCGGAGUCUAGCUGAAAGUGUGACACAAAUUUGAUGCAAUUUGUGUGUAGCAAAAGAGCUAGAAAGUGAAGUGCAAGUGAAUAUAAAAUGCAACAAAGUAACAAAAAGUGAAUAACACCAAAUAAAUGAUUAAAAGCAAAACCAAAGUGGAGUACAUUGUGGAGAUUAAAAGAUAAACAAAAAAGGGAAAAGUGAAGAAUCUAAGUGAAUACACCAGACGAAAAAUGGCGAAUCCAAGCAAGCUGAAUCCGCACGAGCGGCACGAUGAUUACGCAUCGGAGAGCUAUUUGCGCAGGAUAAAGGCGGAAAUUCGGAAGACAAACAAACCAAUCAUGGAGAAGAAACGACGUGCUCGCAUCAACAACUAUCUGAACGAUCUCAAGAGCUUGCUGCUGGACGCGAUGAAGAAGGACCCCGUUCGUCACUCGAAGCUGGAAAAGGCGGACAUUCUCGACCUGACCGUGAAGCAUCUACAGGACGUCGAGCGGCGCCGGCUAAACGUGGCGAUGGCCGUUGACCCGACCGUGCCGGAAAAGUUCGCCAACGGUUACCGCGAGUGCAUCGACGAGAUUGGCAAGUACUUCGAUUCGCUCGGCUCGGUCGACGAAGGGCUGAAGGCGCGCGUUCGCAAGCACCUUGAAGGCUGUCUCACCUUUCAACCCGGCAAACCGUUCCCGGCGAUUGGAGGGCUGGCCGGUGUGCCGUUCGGGUCGUUUGCCGGCGUUCCACUACAUUCGCCCGACGACAUCAACAACAAUAGCAGCAACACCACCGCCACCACCCCCAGCAGCCACAAUGGACUGCUGAAUCGUACCUUUGCCAACAACCUGUCGCUCAUGUUCCCGGGAGGGAUUCCGUUUCCCAUGGGCGAUCCUCCCGCCUCCACGAUGCCGUUCCAGCCGUUUCCCUUCUUCGGGCCGCUUCGUGGCGCGACACUGCCCCAGCCGCCCUUCCUCGGGGCAACCCACCGCGACCCGCCGGACAGUGUCCAUCGGCAGCCGGGGGAAAAAGAUUUGUCGGACCGGCCGCCGAGCGCUCUCAGCGUGCCCAGCCCACCGGCCAGCCCACCGGCGGCGGGCGACGGGACGGACGAUGAUGGCCCCGGAACGACCCUUAGAACUCCGCUGGGAAAAACGGGCGGCACACAGGCCGAACACAACAUGGAGCGACUGCUGGCCAUCUUUCCCACUCCACCCUCGCCCGAGGAGCAGCCGAGCCGGAGUCGGCUGGGGAAGUUGGGUCACCACUUUGCCAGCUCACCGUUCGUGCCAACGGGCCGCCGCUCCCGGUCCGCUCUGCUCGCCGAGGAAGACGUCAGCAUGGAGAGGGAGGAAGACGUGGCAAGGGAGGAGCAACCAGAAGUGAAGCGAGCGAAGAAAGACGAAGGAAGCAGUCAAGGCCGGCAGCGAAAGGACUCCGACGGCGAUGGGAAGGAUAAUCCGAACGGCGAAAUGUGGCGACCUUGGUAAAAGGUGUCUGUGUGUGUGUGGUGCCGACGGCGUAACCAAUUUUCGACACGGUUUCCCCGUCGUUCGAAUUUCAAACCCCAAGAGAGAGAGAGACAGAGAGCUUUAAGACAACCAAUUGACGAAAUGCUUUAACUAUACCAGUAAGACAAGCUUUAAGUGUAUUUGAUAGGGGGAUAGUUUUGUAGGUUAAAGUGAGGUAGGUUUAAGUGUACAACAUAAGAUACAUUUUGUCGGAAUUCCGGCCAGGGAUGACAUUUGUCAUGUAUUGUAACGUUUAAAUGUUUUGAAAUUGUGAUAAUAA